AUUGUGUAUUUUUCAGGAGUUUGCUGUUCGUAGAGGCAGAUGUUACACAGUUUAACUGCUGUCAAAUACAUAGCAUCAUAGAAGGGCUUGGAGUGUAAGGGGACUUAAAGAUUACCUGGUUCCAAUACUCUGCUGUUGGCAGCGCUCCUGCCCACCAGGUGAGGCUGCCUGGGGCCUCAUCCAGCCUGGCCUUGAAUGCCUCUAGGGAUAGGGUACCCACCAGCAAUCUGGCCAACCUGUUCCAGUGCCUUACCACCCUCUGAGUAAAAAAAUCUACUGAAUAUUUGAGGCUCUGAAAGCUUGAGUAUAACUCCUACAGCUACAUUUACAUCAGCUGGUGCCUAAGGAGUUGAUUUUGCAGUCAGGAGUCUUCCAGAUUUUCCAGUAAGCUCAGUACUUGCAAGAUUUGGUCUCAGGAUGGUGAAAAUCACAGUACAGGCCUUUCAGUCUGACACUCAGAAAUGCAGUGUUUUAGUGCUUUGUAACUUGCUUGUUGUCAUGUGCAGAUGCAGUGGGAGGGGAAAUGAAAACUUUAGGUAUUUUAGAAAUAGGACUUAAAUGUAUGGCUAGUGUAAGUCUGUUUUCUGGCUGUGUGUUUACUUUCCAGCUUUCACCUUCUUAACAGGAAUAUGGGAACCUUUCUGUGGGUGAGGUACAGAGAGUGAAUCUGAAGGAAAUGGGGAAAGAAAGACUUGUAACACUCAGCAGUGUUACAGACUUGUACUCUCCAAGCAUUACAGCAUCUUUAUCACAGUAUCUAGCUUUGGGAGGUGCCACACACCUGAGCCCUCUGACAUAGGCUCUUAGGAAGUUAGAGGAAUGACUCCAGCAGUGAAGCUGUGCUUAUUACUGUCUGUGCUUCUCUUUCUCAACACAGGCGCUUUGAUUUCCGUCCAAAAACUGAUCCUUACUGCCAAGCUCGUUACACUUUCUGUCCCACUGGCUCUGCUAUUCCGUUUAUGAAAGAAGAAGAUAUUGUUGAAGUGUAUCGAUUACAGGCUCCAGUAUGGGAAUUUAAAUAUGGGGAUCUACUUGGACAUUUGAAAAUUAUGCAUGAUGCUGUGGGCUUCAAGAGCAGUUUAACUGGCAAAAACUACACAAUGGAGUGGUAUGAGCUCUUCCAGCUUGGGAACUGCACGUUUCCACAUCUCCGGCCUGGAAUGGAUGCACCGUUCUGGUGUAACCAGGGAGCUGCUUGCUUUUAUGAAGGAAUAGAUGAUGCACACUGGAAGGAAAACGGAACUCUGGUUCUCGUGACCAAAAUAUCAGGAACCAUGUUUAAUGAAAUGGCAAAAUGGGUGAAGUACGACAAUGAGACAGGCAUUUACUAUGAGACCUGGACAGUUCAAGCAAGUCCCGAAAAAAAAUCAGUUGUAUGGUUUGACUCUUAUGAAUGCUCUAAAUUCAUACUGAGAACAUAUCAGAAGCUGGCUGACCUGGGAGCUACGUUCAAUAAGAUCCAAACAAACUACACCAGCAUAAUAUUAUUCAGUGGAGAACCUAUUUAUUUGGGAAACGAAACAUCAAUUUUUGGACCUCUAGGAAACAAGACGCUGGCAGCAGCUAUAAGAGACUUCUACUAUCCCUUCAAACCUCACAAGACAGUCAGAGAGUUUUUUGUGGAUCUCUUAAAAAUAAUUGAUCGUGUCAUCUUGAAUCAUCAGUUUUAUCUCUUUUACAACUUGGAAUACUGGUUUUUACCUAUGAAGUUCCCUUAUCUCAAAGUUGUUUAUGAGGAGGUUCCUUUGCCUGUUGGAAACAAAACAUCUUCUGGUGUUUAAUUGCUGACAGCAGAACUAAACUGUGCUUUUGCCAGAAAAUGCCUGAGGAUUUUGGAGCACUCCUCUGACAUGAAACGCUUUUAAUUGAACUUGUUCUGGGCAAGUUUUGCUAGGCCACAGAAAAGAAUCUGUCUUCUUGCAAGUUGAAUAGCAGGGAUCUCUGACUGACAGCUCUGUACAACUACAAACACCAGCUCCUAAGGGCAAGCUGAUGUGGCUCCAGCACAGACCUUACUUACAGAGCUAGAGGCUGAGCAAGAGGCAGCUCCCACACAUGGCAACAGCUGGCACCUGGCUGCCACUGGAUGUGGGACACGAGCUGUACAAGGAUCUUCCGGUGCAACCAAUUCUGCUGUGUGCUGGGGCUGGCUUGAGUGUCUGCUUCCCUCAGUAUGUGCCUUACUGCGUUUGUUUGGUUUCUAUGACUGGAGCCUAUGAGCUGUUACACAUUUCAUGAAGGAGAGGUUUGGUGAGGUGGGAAGAGGCAGCAAGUGUGUUAGAUUGUGUGUGGGGGGUAUCUUGUCACCACUUUGCUUCCUUCACCUGCAUAGUCAGCAAAAUACAGAUGUCUCUUCCCUGAAUUUGAGUGACAGUUUUGUAUCACAGAUAGAAGGCAAAGAGUCUGUUACAAUGCAUCUUUGAAGCCUUGCAGUAGUAGCAGAGUUUGGUUCCUGGCUGGGGCUGGAGUGGCGUGGCAAUUACUUUACUUUUUCAGAAUGCCUGUGUGAGAUGCUUAUAAACAGGAGUACAUCUGUAGCAACACAACCAGUUCCAAGGGAACACUCGUUGCUUUAUUUUUUUUUUUAAGCUGCUUACAGAAUGGGACAUAAUUACUGCACAGUGAUUAAUCAGCAAUAUAGGAAGCAAAAUGCAGUUUCACUAGGCUCAAGGUGAGUGAAUGGCCUGCUGCAGCUCAAGAGGAGAGCACACAAAUACAGUGAUUUGAUUCAAAGCAUAAGAAGGGAGAACCUUGGCAUUCUAUUAAAAGGAACUAAAAGCAAUUUGGUGAAUUAUCAUGUAACAGCAGGAGCAUCAGAGCUAAUGUGAGAACAGUGAGGUCAUGAGCUGUGGUUGACAGGGUAAGUCUGCUAAUCAUAAAAUAGAAUGGCCUGGGUUGAAAAGGGCCUCAAAGAUCAUCUAAUUUAAACCCCCCUGCUUUGGGCAGGGUCACCAACACCAGUGUUGUGUUUUUGUGAUUUUUUUUGUCGGUAUUCCACAUCAGAACAUCAUGUAAAAUAAUGGGUGUUAAAGAGUUAAUGUUUUGAUUCCAUGGACUGCUUUUUUGGGCAUUUUGGGUUCUUGGAGAGGAGGUGACGAGCAGCAUUCCCAGAGGACUUGGCGCGUGGAGGAAGAAAGGUGGAGCUCCUGGCAGGACACCAGCAGCUCUCUCUCAAUGACUCGAGCUCUCUUUGUUUGCUUUCUUUGUUUGGAGAAAAAGCACUUACUUCCCCUGCAGUCUACUAGCAUAAGAAUACACCUCUAUUGCCUCGUAUUUUGGACACUUUUCUGUCUCAGUUUGUUUGAUUCUGUUGGAUUUAGUAAAUUACUGUUCCUCCUCAGA